CAAACCGCGUUACACUGUAGAGAAAAAGAAACGCAAAUUAAACCGGAUUAUUCUCAAUUAUCCGCUUUAACUGAACCGAACUGAGCAGAGAUUAUGAGCUAAAGUAGCGCAGCAGUUAUGUAGAGUUAUAUAUAGAGUUAUAUAGAGUUAUAGAGUAGAGCUGAAUGGAAGUAAGUGAGCGGCUGAAACAUGUCAACAAAGAAACUAGCCCGAGAGCUGGGUCUGAUUAGGAAGCGCAGUCAGUCCUCCAGUGCUGAGAAGAACCCGGCCGGUACCAAUCAGCUGUUCUCCUAUCUGAUCGUUAUUGAUUUUGAAUCGACCUGCUGGAGAGAGAAAAACAACUAUGGACAGGAGAUCAUUGAGUUCCCGGCUGUGCUGUUAAACACAUCAAACGGAGAGAUUGAGUCGGAGUUCCACUCGUACGUUCAGCCUCAGGAACAUCCGGUUCUGUCCGAGUUCUGCACAGAACUCACUGGAAUCACACAGAAACAGGUGGAGGUGGGGCUUCCUCUCCGGAUCUGCUUGUCCAGGUUUACCCGCUGGCUGCAGACUCUGCAGCAGGAGAAGGGUGUGGUCUAUGUGACUGACAGCAAAAACACUCCCUCUUCUGGACAGCUCUGCACCUUCAUCACCUGGUCAGAUUGGGAUUUAGGAGUGUGUUUGCUGUACGAGUGUAAACGGAAGCAGAUUGUUAAACCUGAAGCACUGAGCAGCUGGAUUGAUCUCAGAGCCACGUACAGGACGUUCUACAGUCGUAAACCUAAAGGUCUGAACGGAGCCCUGCAGGACCUGGGGAUCCAGUUUAGUGGCAGAGAACACUCAGGAUUGGACGACGCUCGGAACACUGCUCGCCUGGCCUGGCGCAUGGUGACGGACGGCUGUGUUCUGAAAAUAACCAAAUCUCUGAACAGGGCUCCGGUAAAGUCCAGGCCGCUGUUUGGACAGGGGCGUGUCCACAGCAAGAGUCCAAGUAAGACACGCCCACCUGUGGAUGAGAACCUGCCGACGCCCUUCAGUAACCAUAGCAAUGGGAGCUCAACAGGAAACCCCAACACCGGAACCGGAACCGGGGUGUGUCAGAACCUGGUGCCGACCCGCACCGUCCUCACCUCACUCGUCACCCCAGUGUUUGUGAACACACCUCACCUACACACCACUCUCCAGAACACCACGCCCACCUCACCUGUAGGUGCGGCCUCUGAACUGGAGAUGGCAGGCUGUGAUUGGGCGGAGGGUUUCCUGGUAACAGAGGUCGGGGAGUCUGGGUCCUACGACGACGUGGUGUUGGAGGAUGUAGAGUGGGGUAUUGUUGACCGGGACGAUUCUUUGUCGCCUGGCAACCAUACACAUACAGAGGUGAACAGACCACACCCACCACAGUCACAAGUCUUCAAGCCCCGCCCACAAACACAAUCGUCCGUCUCCGUGUCGCUUCUUUCACGCCCAGAUCCCUUCAAAUCACUCAACCGCCCAGGAUGUCGAGCUACAACUACAACUCCCAGCAUGCCUUUCACUGUCUACACCGACCAAUCGCAUCAGUCCUCCUCGAGCAACUCCACAACAGGGUUUUUCAAAGUUCCUCACCCAGUUCGUUCACUUACCGUCAACCAAUCAAAACGGACCUCCACCUCCAUCGGCCAAUCGAAACUCACCUCCUCUCCUUUCAACAAAUCAGCUCUCUACUCUACAUCUAUCAACCAAUUAAAGCCUUCCUCUGUCUCCUACAACCAAUUACCUUCCACCUCCAUCAACCAAUCAAAACCAUCCAUGAAUCAAUCAGCUCACUCCUCCAAUUUCUUCAACCAAUCUGAUGCUUCCUGUUCCAACAACCAGUCAGAACACUCCUCCAUCUUUAACAACCAAUCACCCUCCACCUCAGUCAGCCAAUCGAAACCCUCCUCUACUUUUGUUAACCAAUCAGCUCUCUCCUUCACUUCCAAAAUCCAAUCAGCUAUGCACCUCUUCUCCAAAAAUGCAUCCAUAGUCCCUGCCUCUUCUGACAACCAAUCAAAUCUUUCCUCCUUCUCUGUCAACCAAUCAGCUCUUAACUACACAUCCUCCAACCAAUCAAAACACUUAUCUAUCUCUAACAACCAGUCAGUUCUCGCUUCCACCUCUGCCAACCAAUCAGCUCUCCACUCCAUCUCAAUCAACCAAUCAAGGGCUUCCUCUUCCACCAACCAAUCAGAAAGCUCCUCCAUCUGCAACACGACCAUCUCUAACAACCAAUCAGCUCUGUCCUCCUCUGCCAACCAAUCACGCUCCUCCAGCACCAUCAACCAUUCAUCACACUCCUCUUGUUACACCAACCAAUCAAAACUAUGCUCAGUGUCCUUCAACCAAUCAGCUCCCUUGUCCCGCUGCUCCGGGCGGCGGUCCCUGCCCCUCUGCAGAUCUGAUGGUGAAAAUUCUUUGGUAACCAAGUUGCCAAGGGUAACCAAGGUAACGGCGCCACUGUGUUCCUGUGGGCGGAGAGCCAAGCGUAUGACGGUCGGUAAUGGCGGCCCAAACCACGGACGAGCUUUCUACUCUUGCCCAGUCAGGAAAAGCGGCCCUGACCCCGCCCACAGAGGUGGGUGUGGCUUCUUUAAGUGGGAGUCGGCAGUGAUCAACUCCACCCUGAAACCGAACAGCAGGAUCAGCUUCAGUGUCCAAACAGCGGCUUCUAGAAACUUCCGCUAGCUCGAUUACAGUUAUUCGUUAUUAACACCGUAGGUACCACCUGGAGCAACCACCUAGCAACACCCUAACAACUAUCAGACAUGGCUCCUAAUCAGCCACUUACAGAUGUCUUUGCAACCACCAGGAGAACCACUAUAGUGACUUAGCAACCACCUACCGACACCCUAGCAACCAUUGCACAUGCCAUAACAAAAUUGUUUGCAGCAUUUGAACCAUAAUCUUACUACAUUCAUAUCCACCACUAGCAACAUCAUAGCUACCACAAAGCAAAACUUCAAAAUGGAACUGCAGGAAGCUUCUGGUUGGGAUACCAUGGCAACCACAUUUAGUGAUACCAUAGCAACUACCCAAAACAUAAAAAAAACUGCCUUAGUUACCACAUAAAACAGCACAACCACUACAUAGCAACAACCUAGCAACCAGCUUGGCAUUUUUUAUUUUGUGUAUGGAGUGUGAAUGUGUGAAGUAUUAAAACAUUUUUUUUUUUUUAUAUAUAUAUAUAUAUAUAUAUAAAUAAUGACAUGGACUAAAGCUACUGUAAUUAUUAUUUUAUUCCUGAAAUACUUGAUAAUUUAAGAUGAAUUUUAUUAUUUUUAUUAAUAUUCUGCUGUUUGUAUUGAAAUGUAAUUAUAUAAACAGAUUUGAAUUAAAUUGUUUGUAUUUUACAGCUAAAAUGAAAAUAAAUCGGUGUUUGUAA